AUGACAAUGGAUAAAAACUUUGCUUUAAAUCGAACUGUAUUUUUAGUUGUAGUAUUCUUAAUGCUGAGUUCAAGUAUUGGAAAGUAAUAGGAAAAAGAACAACUUUAAAGCCCUAAAGUUACUGCCCCUUUUUAUCCAAAUUUCGGUAAUAAUCCAGCCAUUGAAAUGCUUAUUGGAAUAUCAAUUGGUUCCAUUUCCUUCUUGAAACUUUUCUUCCCCUAUGACUGUGCAAGAUCAUCGAUUGAAGUAACUAUAGAGACACUUGACUAUUAUGUAUUUUGGAAUCAAAUGUCCUAAGACUACGACAAAAAUGUAUUUUAUUUAAUGCAAUCAGCAGCAACAACUCUUCUUAAAGUACCAUAAAUCGUCAAUCAAUGCGGAGUUUCUUCAACCAAGGGAAUUCUAUAUAAUGUGGGAGCUGCUUUCACUGACUCAUUACUAUAACUACUUAAAGUUAUUAUUUACUUUGAUACUGCUAUCAACUUUGGAUUUCAAGAAUAGUGGGCUAUGAGUGGCUUCUUCGGAAUGUACUCUCUAAUAACAUGCAUAUCUUUCGUUGCCCAAAGAAUAUUCAAUGGCGGUGUUGCUUGA